GGGUUUCCCCGGUUUGAUUGUUUGGGCGCGAAUGGCGGCGGGCCCUGCUCGCUGAAUGGUUCGAGAGCAGCGGUCGGUGAGUAGUGAAAGCCGUACCUUGCCCGUCGGUGCGGCGGGAGAGUGAGUUUUGUGACCGACCCGUUCGUGGCAAACUCCGCGGUUUGCAUUUGAGAAGCGUGAGCCCGUGGCGGGACCCAGUGCAGCCUCCGAGAUUUGUGUCUGGCCUUGAGGCGACUGCGGUCGGCGGCCGCUGGCGUCAUUGUCCAGAGAUUUUUGUUGGAGCACUGUUAGAAUUAUCCUAUUUAGAUCAAGAUGUCUAGCAAAGCAAAUGCUUCCAAGAAAAGAUCUCGACAGUUAAAAAGAAAUCCAAAAAGAAAAAUUGAUGAUAAGGAAGUGGAGUUAUCAGAGAAAGAGGUUAAAAACACAGUGAAAAAAAAUAAAAAACAUCCAAAGCAUCUGUCUUCUGAAGGACAAACAGAGCAAACUAGUCUAAGACAAGUAAAGAUAGCAUCCAGCAGGAGAAAAACCUGGCAGCCUCUUUCGGAGAGUAGCAGAAAGCAUUUGCAAACUCUGAUGGAAACAGUCAUCAUAGCAAUUUUGAGUAACAAAGGUAGAGAAAAUGAACAAAUUCAAUAUCAUCUCAACUGCCUGAAGAAAAGAUUGCUACAAAUGUUUGAAACCCUAAAAGUCCCUCCCCCAAAACUGAAAGAUUUAACUAACAUGUCAAGUCUACUGAAAAUGGAAAGGGCCCGUCACAGAGCCAAUGAAGAAGGCCUGGCGUCAUUGCAGGAAGAAAUAGAUAAAAUAGUAGAGACCACAGAGGCAGUGACUGGGAAUAUCCAGAGCCUAAAGAACAAAAUUCAAAUUCUGACAAGUGAGGUGGAAGAAGAGGAGGAGAAAGUUAAACAGAUGUUUCAAAUAGAUAGCAGUGGGGUACUCUCCCUUCCAGAACUUUCUCAGAAGAGUCUCAAAGCACCCAUACUUCAGGAAGAAAUUUUGGCACAAAUUCCAAACCAGAAUGCUCUUCUGAAGGACUUUGAUGUUCUCCAUAAUUCGUCUCAGACAAAGAACAUGCUAACUUUCAUCGAAGAAGCCUAUAAGAGAUUGGAUGCCUCUUGAAGAAUGUUGUUAGGUUAUUCCACAUUAAUUUAUAGUGUUUAUAAGUUGUAAAACUGUUAGCCUGCUGAUAUUUCAGAGGCUAAGGCUUCUUUAGGGUUUAUUGUUUCCUAAAAAUGGAGCUUAAAAUGAGCCUCUGCAGAUCUACCAUUAGCAUCUAGUGUAGUCCUGAAAACUGGUUUUAGCAGUUGCUGCGUACAGGAGCUCACAUUUUUGUUCCCGUUAUUUACCUGACACAAAAAUAAGAACAGACACAGUCCACUGAUUUAUAUGCUAGAUAAAGCUCAUUUAUUGAUCAGUGCAGAGGAAAUUUGAUACUGUGACUUAAUAUAUGUAACCUAUUUUAAAGUACCUAGUUCAUAAAAACAUCUUUGCUGUCAUUAUUAUUCUUUAGCUGAUGACUUGCAUUUUCUGCCCUGGUCAUCUGAAACUUGAGAAAUCUCCAAAUGCCUUUACUUUUUUACAUAACUCUCUAGACUUUGUGGUAUAAUUAAGAUUCACCAUGUGUCUUUAACUUUGGAGGUAGCAUGAACAUUUUAUUUCUUUGGUUGGUUUAGUGAAUAGAUGUUGCAUACUUAUUUUCCCUUAUCAUCAAAUCAUACUUUCAUUUCAUAAAAUUAUUAAAAUAGAACAUAAACACAUUUACUCCCUUAAAACAAAAACCAAAUAAAAAUGAAUUUCCUAAACCUUUCCUCGUUGUGAUUAUAAUAUGUAUAUACAUGUAAAUAAAUGAUCGGUAA